AUGUUUUCUUGUUUCUGUUUCAGCAUUCAGGAUAAUUCCUUCAACACAACAGCUUUAGCAGAGGAUGAUGAUAACAAAGAAAAUUGUCCAGACAAUGCUGCUGUCUUAGAGGAAAGGCAGCUGCCUUUGCAAGAUACUCAGCAGCACAAGCAGCAGACUGUAAUUGACAACGCUCUAAAGCCUGAAAUGGGCAACUUAAAGCUAAGAAAACCUAAGCCCAUUGCAAAACUAGAAAAUGGAAAAAGCCAUGAAGAAAGUCAGGAGCUGGAAAGUGCAUUGCCGGGUCUCUCAGAAUGGCAGAGGAAGGCUGGAUCCUCAGCUAAUUAUGCACAGAACGUGGUUUUCAGAGGCCAGGAAGCAGUCGUGAGAUUUCAACCAAGGAUAGAACUAGAACAGAACACAUGUAUUUCACCAGAAGAAGAAACUAAGCAAUUUAACAGCUUAAAUGAGGAAGAAACUCCUCAGCUGCCAGCACCCAAGGAUCCAGCCCCCUCAUCAGCCCAAACCAGUGUGCUAACUGAUGGGGCCAGUUGUGGAGAGCCUGUGCCAGCCCGCAGAGACUGGCAGAAUGAAAUGGAUAGCAGCCCACAAGAACAUCAUUACCUAGGGACCAGUCGACUGCUGUAUCACAUUACAGAUGGAGACAAUCCUCUUCUGUCACCACGCUGCUCUAUCUUCAGCCAAAGCCAGAGAUUUAAUCUAGACACAGAGUCUGCUCCUUCUCCACCAAGUGCUCAGCCUUUCAUGAUGCCAAGAAGUUCUGCUAGAUGUAACUGUGAAGAGUGCAAAGAACCCCAAACAGUAGCGCAGCUUACCAAGCAUCUUCAGAGUCUCAAGAGAAAAAUUAGGAAGUAUGAAGAAAAGUUUGAGCAAGAAAAAAAAUACCUGGUAACAAAGCAAGAAAAGAGUCUCAUGAAACCUCUUUACGACAGAUACAGAAUUAUCAAGAAACUUCUCGCAACUCCAUCUUUGAUCACAACAAUUCAGGAGGAGGAAGACUCAGAUGAAGACCAUUCUCAAAGCAGCCAUGAGUUAUCAUCCGGUCCGAUAUCUUGCCUCCCUGUUGAUGAGCACCUGUGUUACUCUCAGGAGGAGAGUGAACCUGCAUAUGUUUCUCCUCCGGAUGAAAAGAAAGUUUCUAAGCAAACAGCCUUGUCUAUGUCCAAUUUACACGAGGCAACAAUGCCCGUUCUGCUUGAACACCUCAGAGAAACAAAGGCAGAUAAGAAAAGGCUUCGCAAAGCUCUGAGAGAGUUUGAGGAACAAUUCUAUAAACAGACAGGAAGGAGUCCUCAAAAAGAAGAUCGGGUGCCAAUGGCCGAGGAAUACUCCGAAUACAAGCACACAAAAGCCAAAAUCAGGCUCUUGGAGGUUCUCAUCAGUAAGCACGAUAUUUCCAAAACGAUUUGAAGCAAAUGCAAUGCUGUGGUAUUGUUCUCCAGCAAAAAAACCCAAGCAAACAAACAAGUAAUGAAAAAAGAGGAAGUAAUUUUACAGGUCUUGGUCUGCUGCACAAUUAUUUGACACACUGAGAUUUUUGAUGCACUUUACCAAUUAUACUAGCUGGGAUGAGAGAGGACAGCAAUAUGCAAGAAUAUUAAGCACGGGUGAGUGGCCUAUAGUAUAUAUUUUUUCCUUUUGAAAAAGCCCUGAAGUGCACUGUGAGAAUGUUAGAAUUUAAGGGGACACUGAAGUAUUGUAGAUCCCGAGUUUGACCUGCUCUUCGUUUCAAAUAGUGUGAGGAAAU